CAGGGGCUGGGUGGGGCUAGAAUCUUGGAGGCCAAGGAGUCCUGUGUUUGAACAACAGACCUGGCAACAGGGUGGCCCUGACAAAACACGUCUGCCCUUCUGGAGUCUCCUCUGCUGUCGUGUCUUCAGGCCACUAUGGUGCUGCUCAGGCCCCUGGUGCUUCUUCUUGCUUUGGUUGUCUCUGACCUCAACUGCCUGCCCUGGUUCGUAGAUAUCUCUGAGAGCCAGGGACCUGGUGCCAUCCUCCAGUCUUUCCCCCUCAACUGCUCUUCAAAUGUACCAACCCUGGAGUUGCUCCGUGUACAGCCACCCACCACCUUCUUUAACCCACCUAGCCUGACCAGGUCGCAGGGGAUCUAUGAGGGCAAGAUAACCUUGAGCAGCUCGGCCCGGCUGGACGCCCUGACAGUGAACCACUAUGAGCUGCAGCUGAAGUACACAUGUGGGAGCCAAGUGACGGAGGGUCGGCUUUCUGUGAAUGUUCAGCGGGACCCUAAUCGUGACCAGUGUGCUGGUCGAUUUGCCAGCCCGGCUGGGGAAAUUAUUCAGGUUCGAGAAACUGUCAUGCCUGGGACCCCACUGUACACUCUGCUGCUCCCAGGCCAGGGAGCCCAGAUGAACAUCACCAGUGCCCAGGACCCUCCGUACUUCCCUGGACCUUUCUCCAUUGAUGGGCAGGGUCAGCUGUGGGCACCAUCCCAGGGACUCAAAGGCCAGGCUCAAAAGGUCUUCCAGCUUCAGAUCCUGGUGACCUUUGGACAAGGCCGAAGCUGCCAUGGGAUGCUGACGGUGAAAGUUUUGCCUGCUCCCUCCAACCAGGUUUCUUUCCUGCAGCAAGCCCAGAACAUCACCAUUCCCGAAAACCUGGUUCCCGGAAGUAAGGUGGCUCAGGUCCACGCCCGGGGCUUCGAUGUGCGCUACGAAAUCGUCUCCCCGGUGCCCUGCCGGCUCUUCUCCAUUGGACGCGUCGACGGCGUGGUCCGGACCACCGCGCCCCUGGAGCUGGUGCAAGCCCCGGACGCCGCGGUCACUAGGCUGCGGGUGAAGGCCUUCGAGCGACUCAGGCCGUGGGACAGCACCGAGCUUGAUUUCCGGGUGGACGUGCAGUCGGUCAACCGCUGGCCCCCGCGCUGCCUCCCAGCGCUGCUGGUGACUCAGAUCCCCGAGACCACGCCUGUGGGCACCGUGCUGAAUACCUUCACUUGCACUGACCCGGACUCUCCUGGCUCCACCCUGGACUACCAACUGCUGUUCCACAGCCCUGCCAGCGCUUCCAGCCUCUGCCUGCGAGACAGAGUCCUGGAGGUGAAUAACACACUGGACUGUGACGCUCCGGGCGCCUGCUUCCAGCAUACAGCUUCCAUCCUGGUGCUUGACAGCGGUCAGCCUCUGAUGACCACUGAGGUGCCUGUGCUGGUGAUGGUGACGCCUGUCAAUGAGUUCUCCCCAACCUGUGUCUCACGCACAUUCCGGGUUCGUGAGGAUGCGAGGCCCCACACCCUGCUGGGCUCUGUGGUGGGCACAGACAUGGAUUACCCACAUGACAGCAUUGAGUACUCCAUCUCUGGCGGGUCCGCCCCCUUUGCUGUGGACCGUCUCAGCGGGGAGGUUCGCCUCCUGGGGCCUUUGGACUAUGAGCUGCAGAAGUCGUACAGGCUCACUGUCCUGCUGACUGACCACAGCCAAGACCAGGACCCCACCUGCCACCGUUCAGGCUCCUGCACCAUCACCAUUGAGGUUGAGGAUGUGAACGACCAUGCCCCCGAGUGUGAGCCCCCAUUUCAGGAACUCACCAUCUACACUCACCUGGGCCGUAGCUUGGAGGUGACCACAAUGUCGUGUCGGGUGCCCCAGGAGCCCCAGCGCCUGGCUUUCUCCUACAGAAUUGUUGGGGGGAAUGGUCAGAGCCGAUUCAGCCUGCAAGGAGCUGUCCUGGUGCACAACGACCUCACGUUGGGGGCCCCCUGGCCAGAGCAGCCCCAUACAUAUGAGCUGUUGAUCCGUGUGGCCGAUGCCGGCCUCUCUAGCCCCCACCUCAGCACCACAGCCACUGUCACUGUGCAUCUAGUGCCCUGGAGGGCCAGCACAGGGGCCACCAGCACCCACAGAACCACAGUGCCUUCAAGGAUGACACCCCUGCUUGUGACAGACACGGAGGUUUUCUGGCAGCCGGAGCCCUGGUUCGUGGUGGUGCUGACAGCGACCAGUGCCCUUCUCCUCCUGGGUUUGGGCUGGCUCCUCAGCCGGCUCCUGCGGGGGCUGACCCAGGUGCUCCAGGCAUCAAGCGAACCCCCCCAGGCCCUACUGUUAAACAGUAUCCAGGGAACUAAGGGAUCCAUUGAAGGGUUCGUGGAGGCCCCGAGGAUGGAGACACCCCAGGCACCCAGCAGUGUCACGAGCCUGCAGCAUUUUGAUGGCAGAGCCCAGGACUCCCGUACAGGCAGAGAUUACCUGUUCAACACGCACACAGGAGCCCGGCGCUGGCUCUGAGGCCCAGGAGCUGCAUAUUUGCAGAAUUUCUUCUUCAUUUGAUCAUGUGUUUUCAAGCUGAUACAAUAAUAAACAAAA